GUACGAGCGACCGAGUUAUCUUGCGGUUCAGUCCGCGGCGAUGCGCGCUUUCGUUGCCAUUCUCACACUCGCCGCGUGGCCGGCGUGCGCCCGCGCAUUCGACGUGCCGUCCGCGCUGCUCGCCGCACUGCGCGUCGGCGCGCCGGUCCAGAAACUGCUGAUAUGCGGCCAGGCCCUCGGCCCUUCCAAAUGCCUGAGCUCACUUGCCGCCUGGCGCGCCUCAAAGGCCGUCGACCAUCUACUCCAUAAUCAACAAAAGUUCAACCUAACAGAGGAUGUUGAGAGAUUCCCAUGGCAGAAAUAUACUAAUAUCUCUGAUGACCAGAUUUAUUCGGAACUGUGUGAGGGCGCGGAAAAGCUGCUACAGUUUAGAUCGCUGGAGUUGAAUAUAGCUUCUGGGUACACGCUCCAGCUAAACUCUAGGGAAAAUGGGGCUCUCAAUGUUGAUGUCUACUCAGUUUCAGAUAACGUUGAGUCUGCGCGCGGCUCGAUGAAGAAAUUGAGACAGCGGUUCUACGCGAUGGUUCCGAUGCUUCUCAUACCGGGCCUCAUCAUGUCGGCCAUCUUGCCGUUCGUGCUGCCGGCGCUCAAGAUGAUGGUUAUGGGCACCGUCAUGCUCAACAACAUGGCGCUCACCAGCGCCAUCUUCUCCCUGCUCCGGGACAACGCGUUCAACGACAACUAUACACACAAGAGAAUCAUCUACACCAACCACGGAUACAAGAACAAACACCACGAACCCGAAGAAUCACACAACUAUGAGGUCGUUGAGAACUUUGAAGAAAUAAACGGAGAAGAUUUUAAUGUCGAAGAACCCAACCACAAGUGGAUGGAUGAAUUUUUGGGUCACGAGAAUAAAUUCAUUAACAUUCACGGAUAUAAAAAUAGGAGGAUGGGGCAUAAAAAACGGAAGAGAAAUCGUCGUCACAGAAAUUAAAUGUCUAUUUAAUUAUUAUCAGAAAACUCACUGCUUUAAUUAAUUUAUUUUAUAGCCUUUUCUUGUCUCAAAGUAUUAAAAAAAAAACAAGCGACUAAGAACAUGUGUAAAAUGUAAUUGAAAAAAUAUUUGAUGAAAUUUAGUGUAAGUAAUUUAGAAGAUAGGUGCUAUUUAUUUUUAGUAAUGUAAGAGAAAAUAAGAUAAACAUUUUCCUGUACAAUAUUCUUCUCUGAAAACCUAUAGAAGCUGUGACGAAGGCCUCCUGUGCAUCACCUAGGUUUUUAGGAGAGGGAGUUCGGGAGACUUGAACCAUGUUAUUAAAAAAGUGCCAAAUUGUACAAUUUGUACAUAGGUAAAUGUCUCCUU